AUGAAGUGCUCCAUUUUCACUCUAUUUCUGUUCUCCAUCUUCUUCGCCAUCUCAGAAGUGAGGAGCAAGAAGCCUGUGAAGCUCUGUGGGCUAGAGUACAUAAGAACAGUCAUCUACAUCUGUGCUAGCUCCAGGUGGAAAAGGCACGUGGAGGGGAUCCCUCAAGUUCAGCAAGGUGAGAGAGAAAACUACUUCCAGCUCCCAAAUCAACAUAAGGUUUCUGAGGAAAACACAGAACAAAUCCUUCCGAAGGUGGAUUUCUCAGGGGAGGAACAUCUUCAGAGUGGACAAAUGCCCACCAAAGGACUUUGGAAGCCAAAGAAGCAUUCAGUGAUGUCCAGACAAGACUUACAGACUUUGUGCUGCACUGAUGGCUGCUUCCUGACUGAUUUGAGUGCUCUUUGUUAAAACAAGAGCAAAUACCCAAAGGGUAGCAGAGCUUUAGCAUAUGUUUAAUCACAGUGUUUUACUGCCUGGUAUAAUACUUAUACUGUGUCAUUAAAAUGACAGCUUUUGGGUAAGCAAUCCUUCUUUGCCAAAUGAUGUGGAUGAAUGGUGAAAACCACAGUGAAGUAUUUUCUCUUUGCCAAGGUCAAUGUACUGUUCUUUUCGAAUUCUAACUAAUGCUUUGAAAUAUUGAAUACUGUGCAAAAUUGCAAUAAAAAUGCCAUAAACCA